AUGCUGCUCCGCCGCCUCACCUCGCGCCGCGCAUCGACCGCCGCCCAGCGCAUCUUUGCCUCGCCCUUGCCAGCGAUCGAUUUUCCGCUCAAGACGACGUGGGAGCUCAUCCAAGCGUCCUCGGCGACGCCCGACCAGAUGCACAAGCCCGCGGUCAUUUGCGGCGUCACGCACGAGACCAUGACGUACGGCGAGCUCGCCGCCAACGUCGAGAAGGUUGCAACGUCGCUCUCGGAGCGGGGCAUUGGCCAAGGCGACGUCGUCUUGACCAACGCCGUCAACUGCAUCGAGUACCCUUUGAUCGCGCAAGCGGUGACGGCGCUUGGUGCUGUCUUGUCGCCAGCGCCGCCUCUCUUUCGCGGCGACGAACUCGCCGUGCAAAUGAAAGCGGCCAACGUCAAGCUCGUCAUCACACACCACGCGGUUCAAGCGGCGGCGAAGGAAGCGAUCGCACUCGCCCCGGUCGCGGCCCACCGCCAGUUUUGCAUUGGCCCGUCCACCGAUUUCGAGCCUUUUAGCAACCUGCUCUCGCCGAGCGCGCGGCCGGGCACGUACCCCAAGCCGACGCUCAACCUCCUCGAAGACGUGAGCUACUUGCCCUUCUCGAGCGGCACGACCGGCCCACCCAAGGGCGUCAAGCUAUCGUUCUGGAACAUGACGGUCAACCCGCUCCAGGCGACGUACGCCGAGCGCAUGGGGCCGCACGCACUCGCGAUGCUGCCAUAUUACCACAUCUACGGCGGCAUGCUCCUCAACAUGUUUCUCUUCCAAGGCAUCGCCCAAGUCGUCUUGCCCAAGUUUGAACCGCACACGUUCCUCGCCGCCAUGCAGCGCUACAAGAUUGAGAAGGCGCACAUUGUGCCGCCGAUCGCAGCCUUCCUCGCCAAGCACCCGCUCGUCGACGAGUACGACCUCUCGGCGACCAAAGCCCUCAUCUCUGGCGCGGCGCCCAUGGGCCAAGAGCUCCAGGAUGCCAUCACGGACCGUCUUGGCCUCGUAAUGAAGCAAGCGUACGGCAUGACCGAGCUCUCGCCUGUCGUCAACUACUCGAUGGACGACAACGUCAAGCCUGGCUCGAGCGGUGUCCUUGUCCACAACACGGAGCUCCGCGUUGUGUGCCCCGAGAAGGGCCACGACCUCGACACCCAUCAAGUCGGUGAGCUCUGGUACCGCGGCCCUCAAGCGAUGCUCGGUUACCUCAACAACGACGAUGCGACCAAGGCCACGAUGACCGACUGCGGGUUUGUCAAGACGGGCGACUUGGGCUAUGUGGACGACGACCACCACGUGUUUAUCGUCGACCGCCUCAAGGAACUCAUCAAGUACAAGGGCCACCAGAUUGCACCGGCCGAGCUCGAAGAUGUCAUCUUGUCGCAUCCGUCGGUCGACGACGUGGGCUGCAUCCGCGGCUACAACGCCGACAAGGAGGAAGAGCCGCUGGCGUGCGUCGUGCUAAAGCCUGGCCACAACGUGACGGCCGAAGAAAUCAUGGAGUAUACCAACAGCCGCGUCGCGCCCUUCAAGAAGAUCCGUCAAGUGCAGUUCAUUGACGCUGUACCCAAAUCGGCGUCCGGCAAGAUCCUCCGGCGCGAACUCCAAGUGCGGUUCACAGCGUAAAGGCAGCGGCGGUUGGCGUCGUUCAAGUGUGCGUCCGAUUUAGUGCUGUCUCUUCGUCUACCAACUUUGUACACGAUGGUAUCCAUCCAUCGUCAAAAAGACUUUAAAAUGUUGCUCAAUUCGUCGUAAGAGAAACCUGGCC